AUGCUCGUUGCAAUCAGAGAUCUAACAACGUCCUAUUUCUCCUCCCACCCACCGUCGCUAGUACCUCCCACCCAGCCGUCGCUCUCCAUCCCAUUCCCGUAUCCUCUCCCUCACUUUCCGCCGUCACCUCUCCCUCCCACUCCGCCAUCGCCUCUCUCUCCCACCUCACAAUCACUCCGUUCCACCCGCCAUCUCCUCUCCCUUACCUCCCCACCGUCGCCUCUCCCUCCUCCCCGCCGCCGCCUCUCCCUCCUCCCCGCCGUCACCUCUCCCUCCUCCCCGCCGUCGCCUCUCCGUCCUCCCCGCCGUCGCCUCUCCCUCCUCCCCGCCGUCGCCUCUCCCUCCUCCCUCUUGUCGCCUUUCCCUCCUCCCCGCCGUCGCCUCUCCCUCCUCCCCGCCGUCGCCUCUCCCUCCUCCCCGCCGUCGCCUCUCCCUCCCUCCCGCCGUCGCCUCUCCCUCCCUCCCGCCGUCGCCUCUCCCUCCUCCCUGCCGUCGCCUCUCCCUCCUCCCUGCCGUCGCCUCUGGCGACAGGUGCACGAGCGCAAGCGCGAGUUGGUGCGCGAGGGCGGGUCGAUGCGCGAGCUCGGAAGGGUGCGCGAGCGCUGUUUGGUGCGCGAGCGCGGGUUGGUGCGCCAGCGAGGGUUGUUUUCUGAGGCAUUCUGA